AUGCACACCGUCCUCCGCCUCGUUCUCGCGAUCGCGUUCACGGUCCAGCUCGCCCUGGCCGCCAAGACAACAUACGUCAAGGGAGGCGAGACCGUCGUCGCCAGCUUGACAGUCAACAAGGACGGCGCGACCAAGACGCUCAUCCUGUCCACCCUUGCCGACGGCAGCGGCGGCGACGCUACCGCCGACGACCCCAACACGGUUCCACCCGUGUUCACGCGCACGCCCGUGACGGUGGUCACUGCUACAUGGGCUUCCGGGACUAUCCAAGACGACUCUGCGUUCAACUCGCAGAUGUCGGCAAACCAUGCCUCGCAAGUGAGCGUCUAUGGCGCGGCGACGACAGGCGUCGACAGCGGAGCCGCGGCCAACUCGGCCGCCAGGGGAAAGACCGGUUCGUCCUCUGGCGUCCUCCCCGUCCUCCUCGCCGCUGGCGGGAUCGCGCUCGGCGCCUUCCUCAUCUAG